CUGUCACAUCCGCCUCCCCUGGAGGAGGCGGAGGAGACGCCAGAGGGUGGGAGGCCCCGACGCAGCGGCGGCCGCUCGUUCCAACUUGCAGGCCCGACGCGUAAUGCGGAGCGCAGGGGCGCCCGGUUGGAGCUCCCAAGCGGGAGCCGGGAAAUCACAGAUCCGGGCCGGACGAGGGCUUGGCGGCUGAGCGGGAGCGACCACAAGCAGAGGGGAACCGAGGACGGACAGCCCACCUGCCGCCCGAAGGGAAGAGACGAGACUCGCCAGCUGCCUUUCGCAGAGCCGGUGCGCGCCCAAGGCGACCGGGGAACCCCGCUGGCAACGCGGAGCAGGGGGGCAGGCGCGGGAUCCGGUGCAGCAAAACUCAUGUGCAGAGAGAGACUUCGAGAUUCUCUAUGCUGGAAUGCAGAGCCCCUCAGUUAUGGCUGUUCUGAGCGGACAUGUGCUAAAGACUUGCUGUAUUUCACUGGAGGCUGACAUAUUUCCUUAACUGGUUGGAUUGCCUGCUUGUGGGACUCCUGUUUUUCCCUGAGUAUUACCCUGUACCCCACAGUCCUUCCCUUUGAUUCCAGCCGCGGCCAUGAAUGGGCUGACAGUUAGUGAACUCUGCUGUCUCUUCUGCUGCCCGCCGUGCCCCAGUCGAAUAGCUGCCAAGCUGGCCUUCCUACCUCCGGACCCAACCUAUACAAUCGUCCCAGAGCCAGAUCCUGCGGGCAGCACCAGCAGCGCCGCCUCCCGGAGUGGCACCAUGGCUCGCUGGAAGCUUCAUUUGACGGACCGGGCUGAUUUCCAGUACACCCAACGAGAACUGGACACCGUUGAGGUGUUCCUUACCAAAAGCAGCCGAGGGAACCGAGUGAGCUGCAUGUACGUCCGCUGCGUACCUGGCGCCAGGUUCACUGUUCUCUUCUCACAUGGCAACGCUGUGGAUCUGGGCCAGAUGUGUAGCUUCUACAUCAGCCUGGGCACCCGGAUUAGCUGCAACAUCUUUUCUUACGACUAUUCGGGCUACGGUGCCAGCACAGGGAAACCGUCAGAGAAGAACCUCUACGCUGAUGUCGACGCAGCCUGGCAGGCCUUACGCACACGAUAUGGGAUCAGCCCCGAGAACAUCAUCCUCUAUGGGCAGAGCAUUGGGACGGUGCCCACAGUGGACCUGGCCUCCCGCUAUGAGUGCGCAGCUGUGAUCUUGCAUUCACCUUUAACUUCGGGCAUGCGCGUGGCCUUCCCAGAAACCAAAAAGACCUACUGCUUUGAUGCUUUCCCAAAUAUAGACAAGGUGUCGCGCAUCACUUCCCCUGUGCUGUUCAUUCAUGGCACCGAAGACGAGGUGAUCGACUUCUCUCACGGCCUGGCCCUUUACGAGCGCUGCCCGAAGGCAGUGGAGCCCCUCUGGGUGGAAGGAGCUGGCCACAACGACAUUGAACUCUACAGCCAGUAUCUGGAGCGCUUACGCAAGUUCAUCUCACAAGAUCUGUCUGGUUAAUGCAGCUCCACCUGUCUGACCCUUCUGGCAAGGACCGCCCACCUUGACUAGGCCUGGGGAAGCAGAGGAAGCAUUUCUGGCUUUCAAAGGAGAAGGCCACUGAUGCUGCAAGCUCCACGUUCCCAUCUGCAAAAUGGGAGCACUUCUAUUCAUCCUUCCUCUAUUGCAGGCUUAGUCUGCGCAGGGCUCUUGAGUCUCCCCUGGUGGUUCUUCCCCAUCGCCAAGGGCCCUUUCCAGCUGUUCUCAUUUCCAGCUGCUGUCCUGGCUGAAGAGGGGCCUGAGACAGAGUCUAAUUGCACCUCCUCGCGGGACUCCAGAGGACUCGAGCGUUGCAGACUGUUCUAAACCAUGAACAUCUCCAUCAGGGCUAUCCUCUUGUGGCCUCCGUCCACCUUCUCACUUCCUUUUUCAGAUCCCGAUUUCUUAACGCUCCGCGUGGUGACCCAUUGAUAGCAAUAAGCCAUAGGCAGGGUGGGGCGGGAGGCAAAGCAUGCUGGCCAAAAACGGCUUGCUUCAGUUUGGCUGUCCAGCCCACUGCAGCCUUUGAAGGACAAUUGAAUUUCAUUCAGAUUUCCAUCCAGGGGUGGGGAUGGAAAAGAACCACCUGGAAUUUUUCACCCAGAAGCCUGCAAAAAGAACUGUUUGUGGAAUGCAGCAAGGCUGUUCUACGUGUCUCGGCAUUUAUUGGGGGGGAGUGGGAGUCAUUUGCCAGCUUCAUCACAACUCCUAGAUACUGUUGUUUUAAUAUUCCAUAUCCUGUGCCCUCCAGAAGUCCCCAGGGAAUGGAUUACACUUAUUCCGGGUAUUCAGGCAAUGGGGAGAGGUCGGGGUGGGAAGUAUGGGAAGAAUUCUCCAUCGAUUCAUUUUGAAAGAGGAAUAAACAAAAAAAAAUGAAAGAUCCACAUGCGUUUCCCACUAAAUGUUUCUGGGAGAAUUGGAUAGGAUGAAUGAGUUGGAAGUUGGUAGAAGUGUGUAGGUCAGGAAAUAGAUAGUCCAAGAAUUCCUGUAAUGGUGCUUCAUUUUUUUUCUUUAGGACAGUGUUUCUCAACUUUGGUGACUUUAAGAUGUGUGGACUUCAAUUCCCAGAAUUCCCCAGCAAGCCAUGCUUCUCUUAUUUUGGGACAGCCUUAACACAAGUGUGAAUUACUAACUCGGUACAAAUUUCCCUGUUAAAUCCUAUUCUCUUUUUCUUUACUGCCUCUCUCUAUAGCCUGAUUUCAAAUAGAAAGCUCCUUAAUGGCUUAAUGCAAUGGCCCCCAAACCUUUUGGGCAUCAGGGAUCGGAUCCAUGGAGAGAAUUUUUUCUGUGGACCAGAAAGGGGUAUAGCUUUGCAUGCUGCCUGCAUCCCAUGGAUGGGGCUUUGCUAGUUUGCGUGGCCCAGUUUCUGCCGUGCCAUAUAUAUAUAUAUAUGAUAUAUAUAUAUAUAUAUAUAUAUCAGUGAUGGAGAAACUUUUCGGCACCAAGUGCCAAAAAGGGACCAUAUGCUUGUCUGGGCCACAACCCGGAAGAGGAGCUGCCCAGGGUGCAUGCACACACCCAAAAAUGAACUUCUAGUUUUUGUUGCGCGCAUGUCUGCUGGCCAGCUAGUUUUUUAGGUUUCUGGCGCACAUGUGCGCAUGAUAAUCAACUGGCCAGCACACAUGCUCAUGCAGGAAAACAGAAGACCAGCUCUUCCAGUUUCCGGCACUGCACCCACGAAAGCCAGCUGAUUGUUGCACAUGCAUGCGCGCCAGAAAUCCCGGAAGAGGAACAGGCGAUGCCGCGCAUGCCAGGCGACAUGGCUCCAUGUGCCACUUUGGGCACCCGUGCCAUAGGUUCACCAUCACGGGUAUAUAUCAUAAACAGGAAAUAAUUGUACUGGCAAAUUAACUUCAAUAAUAAUAAGUCAAUUUUUUUUUGUUGUUUACAUUUAUACCCCGCCCUUCUCCGAAGACUCAGGGCGGCUUACAAUGUAUAAGGCAAUAGUCUCAUUCUAUUUGUAUAUUUUUUACAAAGUCAACUUAUUGCCCCCCCAACAAUCUGGGUCCUCAUUUUACCUACCUUAUAAAGGGUGGAAGGCUGAGUCAACCUUGGGCCGGGCUCGAACCUGCAGUAAUUGCAGGCUUUGUGUUCUAAUAACAGGCUUCUCUAUUGCCUGAGCUAUCCCGGCCCCUUUAUAUUUACUUACCUAACCAAAGAAACAGAAUGAAAAAGAGUGAAUGAAAAAAAUCAGUGGGUGCAGGAGUGACUCCUGAUUUCUUGCUGGCCUCCCCAUUGACAUUGCUUGUGAGAAGAGGGUAGGGAGCAUCAGAUAACACAAUCAAUUGACAGUAGAGACACUGCAAC